AUCAACUACUAGACCUCUCUAUCUUUGGUAAUUAUCAUCAACAUACUCUACACUCUAUACUUACAAUGUGCGGCCCUGAAAACAUAAACCGUCCUCGAGGAGGUGCUCUCGUCUCCCUCAACCCUCCCACAAACUCUACCUCGACCAGAAUCUGUGGUGAUCUCGCCUUUCAUACCCCCGGCAGUCCAGCAAGUUCAAACGCGACACACGCAAGACUCACCCCAAACGAGGAAUGCAGUAUAGACAAAUUCUCUGAUCUACAAGUCAUUAUACAUUCCACUGGUGACUUGACAAGAAACGCAAGCGAAUGUGGUCUAUUCCGCCAAUUCUCUCUCCCAACAUCACCCCCAACCUCCAACAACUUUGUCGAAUCACAGCUCCAAGGACCACUGUCACUUGAAGUCGGGGGCGAUGGAAUCAUUGGACGCCGUGUUUCUGUCUAUUCGCGACUAUCAACGGGCCAUGUCAAAAUCGUGGCAGAAGGCAUCGUCGGCUUCAAUUUUAUGAGUCAAGAAAUACCCCAAGACUCGUCUUGUCCAUCGUCUCCUUCAUCUUCACUCUAGUACGGCGAACAGGUCAGGGAUCAAGGUUGUUGAGAUGCGCAUCCAAUUACGAAUUGAGUUUUGGCGUCAAAGGGUUUUUAUUUUUAUUUUUAUGUCUUUGCUUUUAUCAAGGUUCUUAUUGGCGGGCGUUAUAAGUUGGCAUUCGCCCGCAGUCAAGGGACAAGCGAGCUGGUUAUAGCAUCAUAUCAUGGGUCCUUGAUGGGGAUACGCAUGGGGGGUUCGUUUGGCGUUUAAUCAGCUGCAUAUAUUGGUUACUCACUCACAUUGUUUUC